UAACAAGAGAUUUCAAAACCAAACCACUUCCCAAGCGAGAGAGAGAGAGAGAGAGAGAGAGAGAUUCCUAACUUCUACGAAAGAACCAUUUCUUUCUCUCUCUCUUUCUCACAAUAUAUAGUUGUUUUCCUCCAAUGGGUCGUCUGCAUUUCACCACCUUUUGCUCUUGAAGCCCUCCUUUCUUCCAUUUCCUUUCAAUGAGACAUUGAAAAAUUCUUUCCAUUGAUUUGAAUCCCGAGAUGGGUCUUGUUUAUCAGGUGAUGGGGUUGUGUUUUUGGUUGUCUGUAUUGGUUGCUGGCCCCAGUAGAGUGCUUUGCCAGAAAAGUGUAGUAGUAGUAGCUGCAGCAUCUAAUGUGAGUGAAGGGACUGUUACAAUCAAUGGCAGCUUUGCUAUUGGAAGAAUAGAUGAUGAUUUUGUUUGUGCUACUUUGGAUUGGUGGCCUCCUGAGAAAUGUGACUAUGGCACUUGCAGCUGGAAUCUUGCUUCCCUUCUCAAUCUGGAUCUCAACAAUACCAUUCUGUUAAAUGCUGUGAAAGCAUUUUCCCCGAUCAAGAUUCGAUUGGGAGGUACUUUACAAGAUAAGGUCAUAUACGACAUGGGGGACCCUCGACAACCUUGUCAUUCAUUCAUUAGAAACACCUCUGAGAUGUUUGGUUUCAGUCAAGGUUGCUUACCCAUGUCUAGAUGGGACGAGCUGAACGAAUUCUUCAGAAAGGCCGAAGUUGUGGUUAUUUUCGGGUUAAAUGCACUGAAUGGUAGAGUGCCUAUGCCAGACGGUUCAGUCGGAGGACCUUGGGACUACACCAACGCUGCUUCUCUCAUUCGUUACACUGUCAAUAAGGGCUAUGCUAUUCAUGGCUGGGAGCUCGGUAAUGAACUGAGUGGGAAUGGCGUUGGAACAAAAAUUGGAGCAGCUCAAUACGCCGCUGACGUGAUUUCGCUCCGAUCUGUUAUUCAAAAUUUAUACAGUGGCUUCAAAGUUAAGCCACUAGUACUAGCACCAGGCGGGUUCUAUGAUGCAAAUUGGUUCAAAGAACUCAUCGACCGAACCCAACCCAAUGAAUUGGAUGUAAUUACCCAUCACAUAUAUAAUCUCGGCCCAGGUGUUGAUACCCAUCUGGUUGAUAAGAUUCUCAAUCCGGAUUACCUUGAUGGUGAGGUGGGUACGUUCAGUGGUCUGCAGAACAUUCUCAAAAGUUCCCCAACAACGGCCACUGCAUGGGUCGGUGAGGCAGGAGGGGCUUACAACAGUGGUCACAACCUUGUUACGAAUGCAUUCGUAUUCAGCUUUUGGUACUUGGAUCAGCUUGGCAUGUCGGCGACAUACGAUACUAAGACUUACUGCAGACAAAGCUUGAUUGGAGGAAACUACGGUCUACUAAACACCACCACCUACAAACCAAAUCCUGAUUACUACAGUGCCCUGCUUUGGCACCGAUUGAUGGGAAGAAAUGUUCUGUCGACGAGCUUCAAUGGCACGAAGUAUGUCCGCACGUAUGCACAUUGCGCGAAACAAUCUCAAGGGAUUACAUUGUUGCUGAUCAACCUCAGCGGAAACACCACAGCUCGAAUCCAUCUUACUACAGAAUCUGUAGUUAGUAGGCUUUCAGCACGUAGAAGGGAUCCGAGGACAAAGUUCAGUCGGACACAUAGAACUCAGAAAACCAGUAGCACAAUCACAAGGGAGGAGUACCACCUAACUGCUAAGGAUGGAGAUCUGCACAGCCAAACAAUGCUGCUCAACGGGAAGAUCUUAGCUGUUAAUUCGGAUGGGAAGAUACCUCCCCUUGAACCUGUAAAACUAAACACGACGGAACCUAUAACUGUCGUUCCGUUCUCCAUUGUAUUUGUUCACAUUCCCAAUGUUGUGCUCUCUGCUUGUAGGUAGUCAGUGCUUUGUAACAGUAUGUGGCGAGAUUUUGUGCAUUGUGGGCUGUCGAAUGUGGCCCAAUCGAAUACAUGGUUGAAGGGUCAUGACCAAACCAUGUUGGGAUAUGAGAGUGUAAUUGUUUGAAAAUCAUGAUCAAGUAAUAAAAGGGAAUAUAGAGAGGAUUUACAGAA